AUUGGUUAAUCAGUUAUCUAACAGUUCGACAACUGGUCGCCAUCGUGGCUCACAGGUCACUGUUAUAGAGUAACGAGUUAUAUUUUAAAGAAUUAUAGUUACCAUAACAUUCUCGCGUGAAUCGUCGUCAGAAGUAAUAGUAUAGAGCAACUUGAAGUUCAAGUGUUCAACAUAAAAAGUUGACCAAUUUUUUUAUUUUGGUGUUUCUUCAAAGUAACGAUUUAAUGGUAACGCUAUCCACGUGGUGUUCCAAGGCUAUGGCCUUCAGGGCCGUAAUACUAGGUGCCCCUGCUUCUGGUAAAGGAACUAUGUCAACUCGAAUUGUCAAACAUUUUAAGAUGACUCACAUAUCGAGCGGUGAUAAAUUACGACUUCAUAUGAAUAGUAACACCGAAUUGGGCAAAGCAGUUUCGAGUUACGUGUUAUCCGGUAAAUUCGUUCCUGACGAUGUAAUGAUAUCAAUGAUAAACAAAGAAAUCGAUUCGGUUGGUGACCAGAAUUGGUUGCUAGACGGAUUUCCAAGAACCUUAACGCAAGCGGAGAAACUGCAAAAAAUACAUCCAGUGAAUCUAGUCCUCUACCUUGAUGUUCCCAUCAAGGUGAUAUUAGACCGCGUGAAAAACAGGUGGAUUCAUUUGCCUAGUGGAAGAGUAUAUAACAUCGGGUUCAACAGUCCUAAAGUACCGGGUAAAGAUGACGUGACCGGUGAACCCUUAAGUAAAAGGGACGAUGAUAAGAUUGAAAUUGUACAAGAAAGGCUGAAGAGAUAUUCAGAUGCAACUGAGCCUAUUUUAAAAUUUUAUGGUAAUUUAGGACUAUUGAAUACUUUUCGAGGUAACACUACUGAUGAGUUAUGGCCACUUGUAAAACAAUCCCUUACAAAAUACUUAUCAUAGUCUUAAUUUGCUAGAACAUAUUAGUAUUUUAACAGAACAAAUAACGAAUUAGUGCAAAUCGUUUAAAUUAAUAGUGAACAUAUGCUUCCAUGUGUGCUGUAAGGUAUUAAUUUACAUACGCACAAAUAUUAAUGGAUUGAUUAAUGAAUACAAAUUGUGGAAAAAAUCUAUGAUAUAUUUUUCUGUAACUUACAUAUACUAUAUAUAUAUAUUUAACAAUUGACGUAGAUCAUUUAAAUAUUUUGCAUGAUCAUAGUACAAAAUUUGUGAAUUUUUACUUGUUUUAUACAUAUUCAAUUUGAUCUUUAUAUUUAUAUAUUUUCUUUACAUCGACACGUUAAAUUUGCUAAAAGUAUUUACGACAACAAUGUCAAAUAUUUUAAUAAAAGUCACGAAUGAAACAAGUAAUUGUAAAUAUAAUGGUUUAUAUUUAAGUCCACUUACCAUGCUUUAUAAAUAUCAAUUGUAAAACAUUAUUGAUAUUGUAAUAUAAAGGAAUCAAAGAAGCUAAAGACUUAUUCUAAAUUGGUAGAAUUUAUUGAGGCUCGUAUGAUGCAAGUGUAUUAAGGUAUGAUAUAUAUUAUGUUUAUAUUGUAAUUUUAAGAUGUAUUAACGAAACAGGAAAUAAACUUUGAAACAUGA